AUGGGUUCGAUAGGUACAAGGCGUUUAAUAGCAGUUGAUGAGAAUCUACACCCCUCGCAAAAGGCGCUGAAGAGGAAACAGGGAUCAACACUAAGAAGUUUGAAAGAAUCAUUCAAAUUUCGUGGAUCAGUCAAUUCCAAGAAAGUUAGUAGUCAGUCGGGAUCUAAUACUCAAAGUUCACCUUCAAAGGUACGAAGAAGUUCUGGUGAGUCCAGGAAAGGUAAACAACGGCUAUCGGCCCAGCGAGUAUCACUGUUUAAAUAUGAAAAUGUUCGUGUUUUGAGCUCCUCAAUGUCUGGCAGUAUUAGAAGAGGAUCAGACUCGACUGCUAGCUCCAAUACUACGAAAAGCAGUGAUGCUGCUAGUGUUUCGAGUAAUCGAAGUCGCAGUAGCGUAAAGGUGAAACCCUCUACAUUGAUGGCCAGAGGAACUCUUGAAAUUUACCAGAUAUGCACACCAAACUCUAGUACUGCAGAGAAAAGACAAGAGAUGAAUUAUCUAUCGUUAGGCCGGAAGGAAAACAUUGUACAUCCAAUUCUGCCGCGAUUGCAAGUCACCAAAGUGGCAGGCUCAAAAUACAAAUUCAUAAUACAUUUUUACAAUCCUGAUAGGUUUUGGGAGAUUGAGUUUCUGCCGAUGGCAGAUACCAAGACGCUGUCGAAUGUCGUAGAGGAGUUUGAAACAGUAAUUGUAACCAUUUGUGAUUAUUCGGCAACUAACGACUCAGCAGUGGAAGAGAAACCUCCAGCAACAAAAAAAGUGGAAAUAGCGACAGAUCCAGUAAUUCACAAGGAUAAAGAUUCAGAGAAAGAGGAAAACGAAAUAGAAAAGGAAGAAACAUCAAAAGAAGACGACGACGAUGAUCUUAACUACCUUCUUGAAGAAGACGAAGAAGACGAAGAAAACGAAGAGCAACUGACGAAUAACAUCUCACAAGCUGACCAGUGCACCUCAGAGAAUAAUACAGAUGAAGAUGUCAAUAAAGCUUUCCGGAAAGCCAUGCAUAAUUUCAAACCUUCAUGUACUUAUAGAGGCUCAAUGACAGAAAGGUUUAAUGAGGUUUCGUCUAAGCGAUUCAGCUCAUACCAGCCGCCAAGCCUUUUGGAACAAUCUCAGGCUUUACCAAAUAGAGAAUCAUAUUUUAGUCCCAGGCGAUCAUCUUCAGUAAGAAGUUGGUUUGGCGAUCCCGGUUCGAUUCACAUAACCAAGAGAGAAUCAAAGAACUUUACUUAA